AUGAUUAUCAAUUCAAUAAAUAAUAAUAGCAGCUUAUGUGCAUCUGCCAUAAUCAAUCCAUCGUCACGCCUUUUAUCACCGCUAUCCGCCUUAUCAGUGACGUCAUUAUCGCUACUCGUAUUAUCAGUGACGUCAUCAUCACCACAUGCAGUAACUGCAGCAGCACCUGAAAUUUUUCACGAUCACGCAAAACUGCUGGCAGAGUAUCCCAACCAUUUGAAUGCGCGAUGUGCAAACGCCUUCGACUGCGAUCCUCAAGGCUCUUCUCUCAAAUGCGUUCCACUAUCCACCAUUCGCGACUGUAUUGCAGACUGUCCAAACGCCGCAGAUGAAAUACCCCCGAAUCCGGCGGACUGCGCUGACCUGCAACUGCACUACAAAAACCGCAUUCAUUCCGGACGUUAUGUGGUAUAUAAUUGGCACUGUGCCAAUGCCUCAAGACCCGAUUGCGCAUUCCAAGUCAAUUGCGAUAUGCAAAUCUUCGGCGGUGGAUGGACGGUUAUACUGCAACGCAUGAACCUCACGAAAAGUUUCGACGGACGUACGAUAGAUGACUAUGAGAAAGGAUUCGAACUAGACACUCGCAAUUUCUGGAUCGGUGUUGACGAGCUGCAAGACGCACGUAUGACAGCAUUCGAAGUGGCCAGGAAAGAAUGUCCGCACUCUUCUGGUGGGUGGUGGCGUCGACGUUGCGGUCAGCACGGCGUGUUGACCGGGUCAAACCAAGUGGACCAAGGCGGUGAAUACGACGACGGAUUGCGAUGGGGUGGCGAACGUUUGUUGGCACUUCAGAUGUUGAUCAGACCGAGGGGCUACAUCGUACCCCGGGCAAAUUGA